CAUCACAAAUCACUUCCUUCCUCUUGUUAAGUAUAAUUAUCGAUCAAAACCAGUCAUGAGAAAAAUCACAUAAUUCAAACUUUUCCAAAAAUUACCAAAAUCAAAAUUGUAAAGAAAUACAUUCAUUCCAAAAUGAAAGUCACCCAAAAUUAAUCUGAUUCUAAUAUUACCAAAAAUAAAACAGCAAAUCGGAUUUCAUCCCAAAAUUGAAUCAAACAAUUAAUUCGAAAAACCUAUUCUUCUACUAUAAAGCAAGAGGAGAAUCAGAGGGGCCGGGGAGAGAAAAAAGAAAAUCGAGAGGAAAACCGAAAAAACACCGCCACAAUCCUCUCCCUCAGUCAUCAAAUAGACUUUCAAACUAAUCAAAAACAAACCAUAGAUUGAAAACAAAAGGGUGGAAAGUCGCUGUUUGUUGUCUUUUGCAGGUUUAAAACAGAAGAAGAAUCGGAGAUCCGACAUCACCGACACGUUGCUUUGGCCGCUCAAACAGCAAGCGCACAUCGUGGACGAAAGACCCACCGCGAGAUCGGUUCUGUUCCGCAACCCAAAGCCUACACCGCUCCGACUGCGCAACUCCAGACCUCUUGCGUCCGCACCGCCACCAAGUGAGUUUCCUAUCAUCUGUUGUAAUUUCAUCGGUUUGUUUAUAUGUGUGUCUAUAUUUUAUGGUAGAAAGAAGAAUGAAAAAAAGAACAUUUCCUGCUUUGUGUUGUAAUAUUAGAUGGCUUUUAAUUUUUAUUUAUUAUUAUUAUAAGCUGCCACUUGUUAUAUUAUUGGCUAGAGCAUAUACUUCGAAAAAGUCAAAAUUAAAAAGAGAGAGAAGGGACGUUGUUGCACAUACUUUUUUUGUUGUGUUUUUUUUCUUUUUUUAAUUAAUGGUUAAUUUGAGAUGAUUAAGUCAAAUUUGAUAUUUGUCUUUGCUAAAAAAGUGGAUUAGGAACACGUGAUACUUUUUCUUUUAAAAAAAAAACUUAUUUAUUUUGUUUUAUCUUUUUUAUUCUACUUUUUUUUCUAAUUAAAUUUAUUUAUUUAAUUUGUUUAAUUCAUUUAAUUAUUAUAAAAAAACAAAAAAAAAAAACAUUAAAAGAACAACAAUAAAAUAACUAAUUAAUUUAAAUAUUCCUUUUAUACUAAUAUAAAUAUUAAAUUCAAAUAACAUUUAUUCUGCUAAAUGGUUUUAACCAAAGCUAUUGGUUACGAUGAUUAGCAUUUUCCCUUUAUAAAAAUUCGUUAUUAUUUUUAGUCAAAGCCAUUGAUUACGAGGGGUAACGAUACAAAUUAAUUCAUAAAAUUAUUUAAAAAAUACUAUUAUUCGUUAUUAGUGAUAAUCAAAUCAAUUGAUUAAAAUUGGUAACGAUACAACUACUAAUCUGUUAACUAUGGUGAUCGAAUCUAUUGAUCAUUGCGGUUAAUAGUACAUACUAAAAUUAGGGUUGUACGCCCACUCUUAAAACACUUGUCUUUUUCAAACCACAAAUUUCAAACUACGGAUUUUCAUCCUUAUUCGAAGCUACGAUAGGCCAUUCAAAAAGCCUUCAAACCAUCUCAAAUCAAAUUUCAACUCUAAGGGCGUACAACCCUUCCCCGAACUACGUUGACUCUGAUUCUCCAUAAGGAGAUACGUAGGCACUUGGCAACAAGGCGAGUCCCCCUCUUCCAAACUCUAAUCAUGUUCGAAUAAUUAGCCUUUAACUCUAUUUAUUGUCUGUCAUCUUUCUUUAUCUUUUGCCACAAACCUUCAUCUUUGAAAUGUUAGCCUUUAGGAAAGGGUUGAGGGUGCCUAACACCUUCCCUCGACCUGAAUAUAGUAUCUUACCCUGAUCUCUAUACUGCGUAGGGUUUCCUAUUCGCCCUUCAGAAUAGGUGGCGACUCUAAAGCUUAAUUUUUAGGGCAGGUUGCUACACAUGUCAGACAACCUAGCACGCAUCAGACAUGGUAGAGAGACCCAGACUGCGUCGGCUAGACGCGAGCGGGCGGCGCAGCUGGCGUCGACACGUGGACGGGGGCAGGGCCGGGGACGACGUGUGCGAGUUCCCGUGGAGAUGGACGAGGGUACCUCUACAUCUGGAUCGAGGAGUCGUCUGGCUCAGGUAUCUUCUUCCCGCCAGCAAGAGGAGGAGGAGGAGGAGGUACCGGAGGUGGCAGUAUCAUACCACGAGGCGGAGGAUGUACCAGAUGUUGAGCCUCCACUCGGGGAGGAGGAUGAGCAGGAGGAGGGCUUCCCGGGAGGGCCCAGUGACACUUUAGUGCUGAUAUCCUACCGUGAUCACGUCGCUCGGCGGAUCUGGGAGGGAGAGGAGAGAGAGCCGUUGAAAAUGGUGAACCAUGCCCGAAAGAUUUUCAGUCUGUUUAAACCGACUGCCGAGUGGUUUAACGACGCUGUGAGAGGUUCAGGGCUCAGUGGGCUCUGCAUGAUGGGGUACACCACCAUCAGCCACGGCAUGCAGGGGGCUUUUGUGGAGCGGUGGCACAAGGAAACGUCUUCUUUCCACUUGCCGGUUGGGGAGAUGACGAUCACCUUGCAUGAUGUGCAGUGUCUUCUCCACCUGCCGAUCAGGGGGCCACUGUUGACCCACUCCCGGAUCCAGAGGGUCGAAGCCACUGAGUGGAUGGCGCUCUAUUUGGGUAUGGAGCCCGAAGUUGCUGACUUUGAGUGCGCCACGACAUCUGGGCCUCGUAUCCGGUUCACCAUACUGAGCCGCUACUUCGAGCACCACUUGGUGGCGGCGGCCGAGGCUGAGGAUGCGGGUGACGAGCUAUUUACACAUUAUCACCGUGGCUGCGCUCUCUGGUGCUGGUACAUGCAUGUGGUAUGCGCUGCGAUCUUUGUGGACAAGAGUGCGAGGUACAUCGACGUGACCUACCUCCGCUACUUCAUGGACUUGACCACCGUUCACCAGUGGAACUAGGGGGCAGCUACUCUGGCAUACCUAUACCAGAAGCUGAAUGAGGCCUCUAACUGGAGGACGAGGCAGUUGACCGGAUCCUGCACACUACUCACGGUACGUUUCAUUUUAAUUGUUCCUUAUUUAUUUAUUUUUUGUAUUUGUGUUUCGUAUUUACUUAUGUUUCGUAUUUAUUUAUGCCCAGGGCCGCCAGAUACGUUCUCCAGAGGGGGAACAAUGCGGUGGGACAAUACCGUGGGUACUUGGACCGCACGAUGCACGAUGACGUCACCUGGAGGCCGUUCAGUGACUACACUCAGAUUGUCCCCUUUGACGGCAUAUGUCUAUAUUCUGGCUGGUUGGCAUGCGGGACUACCAUCAUGGUCCGGUAUCUCCCUGAGCGGUGCAUGCGGCAGUUCGGAUUUGUGCAGAUGAUACCCAGGUCACCCUUUGAGGCUGCUCCCGACACAGUGACCAGAGUGCAGCUCACUGCCAUGUUUGAGGAUUGGGAGCAUCAUGUGGUACCAGAGGAGUAUCGUCGCAUGCGGGUCACCCAGGACUGACACAGUGUGGAGGGGUACGUCACAUGGUUCUAUCGGGUGUCACAUCCUCUGCUGACACCCGACGCUCCCGGUGCUCCUAGGCCAACACACGAGGAGAUCCUGGAGAACCAGCAGGCCGAGGAUGACCACGCCAUUGAUAUCCUGCCGAUCUGCCAGCGGAUAGAGAUGCUUGGGCGGGACUGUCGUCCUCGGUUUUUUUUUGUGGGAUGCGAACUGACUCUUCUUUUAUUUUUGAGUUGUGAAAAUCAGAGAGUCGCCACCGACUUUUAUUUUAUCCAAUUAAGGAAAGGUUUAUAAAAGAAACAGAAAAAGACCUUAAAGAGAUUUUGGGUUCGGGGGUAGGUUAUACAAAGGGAAGGUGUUAGCACCCCUUUGUAUCCAUGGUUAUCCAUGGGCUCUUAAUUGCUUAGCUCACUUGUUUGAAUCGUUUGUCUUGCUUUGAAAUGCUUGUAUGUGGUUUUAAAUACUUUUGUUGAUAAUACGAUUUUAUAUCAUAUAUUUAGCCUGAAAUCCAUAAAUAUUUAUAGCAUUUUCCGUUGAUUAUAUUGUUUUAUUAUGAUAUUAUGCGAGUAUUUGAUUUGUUUCAGGUUUUUACGCUCUUAUUAAGAUUAUUUGUGAAAAGGAGAAGAAAUGGAGCUAAAUGACUACUAUUUGUGCCUAAAAGAUGAAAAAGGGGUGCUGAAGUAAGAAAGGGGUGCAAAAAGGAGACCCAAAAGCCCAAAGAGAGAGACCAGCCCACGAAGGAGCUGUAAAGACCUAAAGAGCACGUGGAGACGCCCGUCUCCAACGUCUCUCUCUGCCACGUCACGAAGAGGAGACGUCCGUCUCCAACUCCCCCUAUAUUUUCUCCACUUGAGACGCACGUCUCAAGUCGUUUUGCUGAGUCUCCCUAAAGAAGUGGAGACGUGCGUCUCCGAGUCCCAGCCCAGAAGUGCUACAUUCACGGAAUCCAACUGCAAAAGUUCACCUAUAAAUAGAGGCUGCUACUUCAGUUCAAAGUGUCCGAUUUUCUGCUAAUGAAGUGCUGCCGAAAUUACUCCGCGACCAUCAUUGUCUUUCCUGCUUUCAAUUAAACCGCUUUAUUUUUCUCACAACAAUUUCUACACCGGAAAUUGUUGUGAACCUUUUGUAGAUCUAACCUUACGUCGGAUUUAUUUUUAUAUUCCCUGUUUUAAA